UUUUUUUUAUGUGUCCAGCAAAACAUGUCAACGGUGGUAGAUUUAUCCCCGAUGUAUUUACAGAUUUUGUAGAAGAUUUGUUCUCUUCAGGCCCCCCUCCCCCUUUUUUUGCACCUGCUUUGCUUUGUCAAAGCUCACGGAGCGCUUUAGAGCGCGCUGCUCUUACUUGCAUCUCCGUACAUCGUGCAUGGAUUCUACAUGAACUGGGGGUUUUGUGAGGGCUGCAGUGAUGCUCCCAUUUACUGAUAUCGCCGCACAGCUCGCAUUUCCUGACAGAAAUGGACUGCCUGUAAAUGUUUGGGGAGAGAAACUCAGCGGGCAUUAAAUUAUGAAUGUUGAACAAGAUGACCUCUUACCAUCAGUGCCAGAUGUUGAGAGGUCCUAGAUGGAAAGGGGCUUGGUUUGACCCCUUGUUUCUCCUGCUUCUAGCCCUGCAGUUGCUUGUUGUCGCUGGAUUGGUACGAGCCCAAACCUGUCCUUCCGUAUGUUCCUGCAGUAAUCAGUUUAGUAAGGUCAUCUGCACACGCAGAGGGCUAAAGGAUGUCCCUGAUGGCAUCUCCACCAAUACAAGGUAUCUAAACCUUCAGGACAAUCAGAUCCAGGUCAUCAAAUUAGACAGUUUCAAGCAUCUGCGACACCUUGAGAUUCUUCAGCUCAGCAGAAACCACAUCCGCAACAUAGAGAUUGGCGCCUUCAACGGGCUUACCAGCCUUAACACUCUGGAGCUUUUUGACAAUCGCCUCACGACCAUCCCAAAUGGCGCCUUUGAGUAUCUAUCAAAACUGAAAGAGCUGUGGCUUAGGAAUAACCCUAUUGAGAGCAUACCGUCUGAUGCCUUCAGUCGCUUGCCCUCCCUGCGGCGGUUGGACUUGGGAGAGCUGAAGCGUCUCUCCUACAUUUCCAGUGGAGCAUUUCAGGGCUUGAGUAACCUUCGAUACCUAAAUCUGGGCAUGUGUAACCUCAAAGAGGUCCCCAAUAUUCAGCCCUUGAUUCGUUUGGAUGAGCUGGAGAUGUCUGGAAACCAGCUCACCAUCAUUCAGCCCAGUUCUUUUAAGGGUCUCAUCCAUCUUCAGAAGCUGUGGAUGAUGCACGCCCAAGUCCAAACCAUAGAGCGGAACUCCUUCGACGACCUGCACUCUUUACGAGAGCUCAACCUGGCUCACAACAACCUUACCUUUUUGCCCCACGAUCUCUUCACGCCUUUGCACCACCUGCAGCGAGUACAUUUGCAUCACAAUCCCUGGAACUGCAACUGUGAUAUUCUUUGGCUGAGCUGGUGGCUGAGAGAGACCGUACCUACGAACACCAGCUGCUGCGCCCGCUGCAAUUCCCCUCCCAGCCUCAAGGGGCGCUACAUCGGCGAGCUGGACCAGAGCUACUUUCAGUGCUAUGCACCCGUUAUCGUCGAGCCACCUGCCGACCUCAAUUUGACUGAAGGAAUGGCGGCAGAGCUCAAAUGUCGGACGAAUUCCAUGACCUCGGUCAGCUGGCUAACACCAAAUGGCUCCAUCAUGACACAUGGGGCGCUCAAGAUGCGCAUCUCCGUCCAAAACGACGGAACGUUAAACUUCACCAACGUCACCAUCCAGGACACGGGAACCUACACUUGCAUCAUAAGCAACAUGCUAGGCAACAUUUCGGCAUCCGCUGUCCUCAAUGUGACAUCCGUCGACAACAGCGGCUUUAGUUACUUCACUACGGUCACUGUAGAGACAAUUGAAACCAUUAUCGAUGGGGAGAGCAGGACACCGGUGCAGCCAUCUUUUGGCUGGGCGUCCUCUUCGACCACAAGGGGAACACCUAUUGCCACCGAGAGAGCGUACACCAUUCCCGUGACUGACAUAGACAUCGAUGGCGCUCUCAAUGGUUUGGAGGAGGUGAUGAAAACCACCAAGAUCAUCAUCGGCUGCUUUGUGGCCAUCACGCUCAUGGCGGCCGUCAUGCUCAUAAUAUUCUACAAGAUGCGCAAGCAGCACCACCAGCAGGAUCACGAUGGGCCGACCCGCACCAUCGAGAUAAUCAACGUACACGAGGAGCUGACGAGGGUUCCGGCCUUGGAGAGUCACCUGACUCUCCCACCCCUGGAGCAUGAGCAUUACAACCACUAUAACUCCUACAAGACUUCUUAUAACCAUGUGUCUGCUCUCAGCUCGCUGCAUAGUUCAGUGCAUGAACCUUUACUAAUCCAAGCCAGCUCAAAGGAUAAUGUGCAGGAGACGCAAAUUUGACCAUGUCGAACGAACCGAACUGUACUAAUGCUGUUUAAAUUUUGGUUCGGACAUGCUGUUGUAAUGAAGAUGACAGUGUGCAUUAAGACAUUCAGCAAUGUCAGUGAGAGCCAGGGUGUAUAAUUAUUUUAACAAGUGUCUUUACAAAUCUUAUUUAUUUAAAGAUAUGUGAAGUGACUGAAUCAUGAAAUCACAAGUCAAAAAGGUUAACAUCUUUUUUCUUUUUCGUUUUGAGAACUGGGGGAAUGAAUGGUUUACUUUCAUGUGUUGGUAGAAUUAAGGUCAGCUGCGAUGGUUAUUAGCGCAAUGAGACAAGAGUUGUGUUUUUGUUUUUUAGUUGUGGCAUAUUACAUCCCUUUGCACCAAUGUGUUUUCGUUUUUUUGAGACACUGGAAUCAAAAACUGGCCACUGAAAACAGCAGACUUUAAAUCGCAUGGAGCACUUAGAUAUGAAUGGUGGGCCUGAUGGAUGCGGUGACUCUAGAGAGGUGUAUAAAUGGUUACAUUUCCCCAUGAAAAAUCAUGUUACUGAACAAAAAAGGGAAAGCUUUCAUUGUCAGGGCCUGGAUUAUUCUGCAAAUGCAGCUUGUGGGAUAGGACAUAUUUCUAGUAUUUAUAGAAGCCAGUGUUCGGAGCACACAACAAUUAACUUCAAUUCAGAAAAUAUUGCAUAAUUGCCUUGAAUUACAGCCCUUAAGUCAAGAUAGUGUCUAAAAUGUGGCACUGGAAAUUCAGGAUUUUAGGUUCAGCAUUUUUUUCACAAAAUAUAUUUAUAACUGUAAAUGCCAACAACCUAUGAAUAUAAAUAUGAAUUAUAUACAUCGUUGAACAUCAGGCUAGUACAAUUAUAGCCCCAAUGCUACAUGUGUGUGGGAUAUAAUAGUAUGUUAACCAAAUGCGAGAUAUGAAAUAACCCUGAGUGGCUGAGGACAAGGGAAUAUGAUUUCGAAGAUCGUUUGCUGUGCGAGUUUCAGACAAAAAUGGCUGAGGAAAUAAAUAAUGAAAUAAAAAAUAGCCUGCUAAUGUCACUAUGGAAACCACGACCUACUGAAAGAAAAAAAAAACACUGGACACAAUCAGAGUGCAGCCCAGUGCUUAAAACAUGUAUUGUUUAUUUGAGAAUUGCAAUAUUUUCAAUAGAGCUGAUUUGUAAACCACUGGUUUUUACU